UGGGCUGAGCGUUGUAUUAAUUUUUUUUUUAAAGAAUACAACAUUAAGUUAUUUUUAAAAGAGUUAUGCUAAAAGCUACGACAUAACUGUGACGUUUGAAAGACUUUGGGGCUUCGGAAAUGAGACACAUUGCAACUAAUAUCAGAUCAUAAACGCCAUGCGACAGUGAAGAACAGCGGCAAAGGUUAUGUAUCGUUCGAACUGCGUGGAAUUGUGCUUCAUAUUUUCAAAAUACAGAUUACUAAAAACUUUGUGACUUGUACUUGUGCCAGAACCAAAAUGGCACUGACUGAAAAUUGUAGCAUUUAUCAGUCCCCAAAGGACUCGGCGCAAACUUCAUCCGAUGUAAUUGAACUCAAUGUAGGUGGUCAGGUGUAUUACACUCGCCAUGCCACCCUUACCGGUAUUCCCAACUCGCUGCUCGGAAAAAUCUUUUCUUCCAAGAAGGAUUCCCCCAAAGACUUGGCCCGAGACAUGAGAGGACGCUAUUUCAUUGAUAGGGACGGCUUUUUAUUUCGAUACGUUUUGGACUAUCUCAGAGAUAAGCACGUCGUGUUGCCCGAUCAGUUUCCGGAGAAAGGGAGGCUGAGAAGGGAAGCGGAAUACUUUCAGCUGCCGGAGCUCGUGAAGAUUCUGACACCCGACGGGUCCAGACAACGUCUGGAUGAAAGCGUUCAUAGCGAUUUGGACGAUGCGUCUCAAGGAAGUGAUCAGAGAUCGUACCGCUCGGCUUACCUGGAUCCGCGCGACAGGAGGUACGGUUUCAUUACGGUGGGCUACAAGGGCUGCAGUCCAUCUGGAAAGGACGUGCUAAUAGACUUUAAAGGCAGAGGACUGUCCAAAAUAUUCACUUGCGGAAGGAUCGGCUUGGUCAAAGAAGUCUUUGGAGACGCUUUAAAUGAAAGUCGGGACCCGGACAGACCACCCGAGCGUUACACCUCUAGAUUCUACCUCAAGUCUCGACACUUGGAGAGAGCGUUUGAUAUGCUCGCAGAGAGCGGGUUCCAUAUCGUAGCAUGCAAUUCGUCCCUGACAUCACCUCUAACACAACAAGGGGACGACAGAUUCUGGUGCAGUAACACAGAGUACGUCUUCUACCGUGGUCCGUCCUCCUGGUCGUCCUCCCACUGUGAGUGCUGCUGCAAGAGUCAGAAGAGCGAACGCGAUGGUGGUGAGAGCUGCACCUCCUUCAACGAGCUCUCCAGCUCCUGCUCCGAGACCCAGUCAGAAGCCAGCUCGCCCCAGGAGACGGUCAUCGCUCGCCCCGCGUCCAAGCAGCCCCGGGUCCAGACCCUGGACCGGCAUGCGAAGAAGGCCCCUGGGCAGCCCCUGCAGCACACGGAGAUAACUCGGCGGAGGACGGCACUGCUGCGCGCCCGCACCUCAGGCCCCCGCGAUGGAAAGAGGAAAGCGCCCAAGGAGAAGCUGACCCCGGAGCAGGAGCUACAGAAAUGCAUCCAGGACUUCCGACGGAUUAAGAUCCCCGAGCGCUUCCCGGACAGGAAGAGCACGUGGCAGUCCGAACUACUGAGGAAGUAUCGCCUUUGAAAGCAAGAGGCAUUAAAGUGGCCGCGGGAACAAAAAGCUACUUAGCGGCACUUAGGAUGGCGCUCGGAUUCAUGCUGCGCUUGGGUUCAGUCUGCUGGUCUAAUCUUCAGGAGAGAUGGUUAACGUGCCGUGAACGAUGCAGUUAACCUUGACUCGACUCCUGCCGUGCACUGUUCAGUUCUGUUGCAAAAGCAUGGUUACUCCAACACAGACAUUGAACUGCAAAUCAAUUUCACAGUGUCUAAACAAACUAGUCCUUUUAGGAACCCCAUAGAAUGGUUUAGACAUGCACUGAAGAAGCAGCCAUCAUUUGCUAUCUGCACACGCAGAGCGCCGCGUGACCCAGACAAAUAUGGCUAGCAUCUCAAACAGAGAAUUUAUGUGUGAAUGUGGAGAAACAAAUUUAUCCGGUGUUGUGAUCGGGUGUACGGAUUGUGUUAACGCAGUUCUCCUCCCUUUUCACUGAUUUUGCAAAGUAAAAAUGUACCCUGGCAUUUAAUUUAGUUCCAUGCCGUAGCAAAGCAGCAAUGCAUGUUUAACCACUGCAGUGAGCUUCAGUAUUAGAGAAAUGCCUCUUAUCGAUUAGACACAGUUAAUUUGUGGUAUACGUCCUGCAUAAUUCACCCACAUUUAGCAGAAGGCAUCAAACCAAGCUGAUGUACAUCUGAGAAGACAAAGCAGCUCUGCUUAUGGUUGCUAGACUCUUUCUGUUUGUUGCUGUGAGCCUUUUUGUCUGGACCGUUAUUUGUAGUGCAUAUUUGAAUUGGUUUUACCUCUGGGUAUAUGACAAAUCCCUUUAUUGUGAAUGUGCAAUGAUUCAUUAAAUGAACUGAGUUUAAAAUGUAACUCA